AUGGCAGAACAAUUUGAGGUAAUGAAUUAUUCAUUUUUUCACAGUGAAAUUGAGAAAUACUAUUAUAUUAAUACACAUUAUUUUCAUAGCUAAAGCCAUUUAAAGUAUGGAAUGUAAAUCGAUCCCGAAAAGUGACCGUUGUGGCAACUAAUUUCGAAAAUCUGACAAGUAAAGGUAUAUUUUGGGGAAUGUAUUUUUAUAUAUAAUUUUCGAAAAUUUAAAUAAUUUACAUAUUAAGUAUUUAAUAUAAGGAAGCUCCCCAUAUAUUAUAUUUCUAAGCCUCGUUUUAUCAAGUUUAUAACACUAAGCGUUUUUAAAUUAUAUCUUUCAUUUCUUUUGAAAAAUAGAAUUGCCUAAAUCAGCCAAAUGGGCUAUUACAUUUAAUAUCCGUACCCCCCCUGUCGAGGACCUCAUUUUCCAAGGGGGAAACUAGUCAUUUUUUCCAGAGGGGUAAUUGGGAAAAUGGAAGAAAAAUGCUCUUUCCAGAGGGGCUAAAAAGCAAAAAAUGCACUUCCAGAGGGGGUCUCUUCCAAAGGGGUCAAUUACACAGAUUUUUUUUGCAUUCCAGAGGGGUAAAAGUCCCCAAAAGCAGAGGUCCUCGACAGGGGGGGGUUUGGUUUUUUAAUGUAAUAGCCCAAUAGGCCCCCAAUAAGGAAAUUUGCUCGCCUCCUUCACCUGCUCUGGUCACCACUCCCAAUAAAUCCAUCCCCGUAUUACUGUCGUUUCAAUUGAAGUGUUCCUCAAAUAUUGAUUAAAUACAUUACAUCAGGCUGACCAAUUCAUUUCAUCAAGUUCCUCGAGAUAUUCAUACACUUCCUGUGAAAGAGCCAAUUCCAAGAAUUUGAUCAUUCCUGAUCACUUCCUUUCUAUAUAUGAUUGAUUAGUUGCACAAACAAUAAAGGUGAUUGGUGCAUUCAAACUAUUCAACAGGAAGUGUACAAUAAUUAUACCAGGAAGUGUAUGAAUAUUUGAGGAACUUGAUCAAAUGAAUUGGUCAGCUCGAGGUAAUGUAUUGAAUCAAUAUUUGAGGACACUUCAAUUGGAAUGACAGUUUUCAAGCCUGCCUGGUGUGGAUAUACACUCAGAGGUAACAUCACACAAACAUCUUAUUCACCUAUAUCAUGAUAUUAUUAGAUUACACUGAUAUCGAAGGAACUAGACUCAGUUCCGAAAUAUCGCAUUCUCGAACCGACCUGACCUCGUAGCUCAGUUGACAGAGCAUUGGGCUAGUAUUCCAAAGGUCGUAGGUUUGAUUCCCACCAUGGCCAGGCAUAUUUUUCAAGCCUGCCCGGUGUGGAUAUUCACUAAGAGUAACAUCACACAAACAUCUUAUUCACCUGAGUACAUUACACCAACGCAGCAAAUAUCAGUCCAUAUAGUUAUAGAAAUUGAAGAAUUAGCAAAGAGUCACCAAUAUAAAACUCUGCUUACACUCACAAAUUGCUGCAUCAUUGGUGCAAACAAAAGUAACAUGCAUGGCCAUGGGUUCACCAGUACUACUGUAGCUAUUAAAAACCAACCAUUUAAAAAUUUAGGAAUUGAAAAACUGGGUUUGAAGCCCACAAAUGAUGUAAAACUAGUUCUGGAGGAAGACGGUGCGGAGGUUGAUGAAGAUUACCUCCCUUUUGUUCAAGCAAACACAGUCUUAAUGUUGCUGUCAACAAAUGAGCAUUGGAGCAGUCAAAAAGGUAUUUAGUAUAGAACAUAAGUCAUAGAUUAUUGUAUAAACAUGAAUGUUUAUAUACAGUUUUGUUGUUGUUUACUGUUUGCACUUUAUUAAAGUGUUUUGACUUUGUAUAUGGUUGUUUUAUAGCAUUCUAUGUCACUAUGCUUAAUAAAUAUUUUAGGUAUGGUUACAGCUGAUCCAUUGCAACAGAAAGAAGCUAUAACAAAAAGGGCAACUCAGUAUACCCUGACAUCAAAUUUGACUCUUGGUACCCCCAAUAACUGUAUGUAAUCUGUUGAUUUUUAGUUUUUUUGUUAAUUCGAUACUUUGUGUUUCACACCUAAGCUAUAAAUCCAUUAUGAUUGGAAAAUGUCUUGAUUAAAUGAACUUAAUUUUGCAGGAUGAACCAAACACAUUUACAGCGCCAAUAGAAAAAAUAAUUAAAGAAAAAUCAAAAAUAUUUGGCCGGGGGUCAAAUGAUAAGAAAAUGACAAAAUGGCAAGAAGCUGUAAAUGAUGAGGCAUGCAAACUUGCCAUGGAGGAACCGGUGCUUGUUCUUAAUAGAGGUAAUUAACUUUCUAUAAAUAAAACUAUUUAAAAAAACUUGUUUGUUCCCUUAAAUCAAUUAGCUAAAUUUGAUUUUAAGUGAUUUUACUUGUCAAAUAGAUCUUAUGCAUAAUGAAGUUUUCUUGCAGUGUGUGAUCCCUACUACCAGAACGUUUUGCGAAUAUUUGCUGACUUUUUCAAUUAAGAACCUUGUAAACUUUCUGGUAGUAGGGAUCACACACUUUAAUUUAAGGAACCGUCAUUGUGCAUGCCAUAAGAUCUAUUUAAAUGCAAACAAGGCAAGUCUGAAUUUAUUUAUGUAAAUUUCAAAGUUAAUUCUAAAUCAUAAAAAUUAUGACAGUCACAUGACAGUCAUAUUCUGUUUCAGAUACACUGUACAUGUUAUGAACAAUAUAAUUGUCAUACUACCUUCAUAUAAACAUGAAUAUGAUAUGAAUAAGCCUGUUACAUGUACCUCUUGAACCUAUAUUAUAGUAAACAGAAUUACAGAAUGAUGCAAGGUUAAUUAGAAAAUAAAUGCUUAAAUGUUUUAGAACACAACUUCGUUUCCUUGUCACUUAUAGAAUGAGAUUUUGAAGGAUUUAAAAUUUUGUUCCAUUGUUUUCGAUGCUUUUCAUAAUGUUUUUGCAGUAUAUAUUAAAUGAUUUUGCUUGGCCCUCUUGUGUUUGUUCAAGGUGAACUGAUGAAUAAAGCCAAGGAAAAAGUUAAAGUUGAUUACCCCUUUGCCAAAGGAAAGUCCAGGAGCAAGAGUGAUGACUUGCCUGAGAAUCCACCUGUUAAGAGGGCUAAGUUGCAUUCGGAAGAAAGGUCGCGUCAAAUCACGUUAAUGCAAGAAAACCUGAAAACGUUAAGCAGUCGUUUGAGUUUUAAACAACAGCAAUUGGAAAAAGAACGUUGUAUUAGUAACUUCAAGCAGUGUGAUAUGAUAUGUAAGGAGAUGAUAGAGAUACGAAAGGAACGGGCUUCAGUUGACCAGCAAUUGACAGCACUUGUUAAAAAAGAGGCAAAGUCGUCAUGGUACCACAAGAGGGGAUCCAAAAAGACAAAAAAAGUUCAUGGAGAAAGUAAGGGAAAGCAACGCCAAAACAACCAGCAAAGUCUGCCAUCUUUAUUGAAGAAGAAAUCGUCCAGUUCCAGUACAUGCAGCAGUGACCAUCAGUCUGACGACACAAUCAUCAUAUCUGAUGUAGGCGAGGAAAUUGAAUCGUCCUUAGAUCCUGAACCGUCCGGCAGUGAAGAGCCAGGCAAUGAAGAACGGAGCAAUGAAGAAAUGCCACAUUUUCCACAAACCCCUUCCAGUAUAACAGCAGGUCCAGUGGAGGGGGGUCAGACAAUAUAAAUACAUUUAUUGAACAAUCAAAGCGCCCAUUGUCAAGAUUUGAAACUUUAGAAAAUGACACUCAUAUUUCUAUCUUUGAAGGACUUAAUUUAAGUGACUAUGUUAACGCUCGUAGUUAUGUUUGCAAGGCACGGCAUAGCCAGCCGUGCCAGUUGUGUUUAAGUAUGAUUGACGUUGCUCGAAAGAUACUUGAUGAAGGAUUCCUGAAAUUAAAAGAUGUGUUUACAAUGACAAGCCCAGGUGUCAGUUACACCUCCUUGCAUGCACGGAGAAAGUCACUUCAAAUGCCACUAGUUAGUAUUGGUGUUGGAUAUAGAGAAAAGGGCAAUUAUUGUAUAUAUUUAGUUGAGAAACAAUCCACUAUACAGUACAGAGUUUUAAGGUCGCUUCUCAACAGUUUGAUUCAGUCUCAAAGUGCACAGACACCAGUUAACAUAAGCAGAGAAACAGUGAAUAGUUUGUUAAAACUUGCCGAGUCCGAUGCAGAAAAACAGCGUCUAAAAUAUGCGAUUGUAAGAGCAGCUGGUUUGUCGAGUUCAAAGGCAAAAAACAUAUACGGUUUCAAUGACAUGUCAUCCAAAGUUAGCCGGGUUGAAAAUGCCCUUGAUGAAGCUACUUGUAUCCGCGAAGCUAUUGAGAAUAUAGCGAAAGUUAAAGACGAAGCAAUUGCCCGUUCUCUUGGUGUUUAUGCCAGCGCAACCGAAAGUAGUAGCUCUGACAGCAGUGAAACUGACAGUGACUACUCCGACGAAGACAAAGUAACCAGUAAAACUGAUCAUAAGACUGAGACAUCAAGCAAUAGUGGAGUGCCUGCAGAGGAAGACAAGAUGAGUAGUCGCUUAAACGAUCAACAACUUAUUGACAUUCUCCGCAGCUGUGACUUCAAUUGGAUUGAAUUUGUUCAUAUUAUAAGUAAUAUUCUGCAUAAUAAAUCGCUUGAUGAAAUCAAAAGCAUGCUCGAUUGUUUUGCCCAAAAGCUGCCAAACCUAGAUGUAAAUGAAGACGACCAGCAUUUAAUAAAUCAAUCAAUAGAAGCAUAUACAAUUCAAAGUCGUCAAAAGGAAAAAGAAGAUAAUGUUGAUAAUGGACUAGUUCUGUCAGAAUCAGAUUCUGAAGAUCCCGAUAAACUGUGUCGUGUGCAAGAUUCAUUGGAUGAGAUAGGCAAGGCAGUCAUAAUAAAAAAGAGAGCUUCAAUUCAACGUAAAGCUAAGAGAGAAAUAAAGAAGCGCAUUGCAGAGAGGCGAUUAUUACGGAAAAGAAGAAGUAAAAAGAUAGGGAAAAUAAGCAGAAUGUCCUGAUAUAGGACAUACGAUUGAAGAGUUUGUGCGCAAGAGGGGCGUGGGUGCCGAUUUGUGGCGCAGAACUGGAGUGCUAACCUUUGAUGGCAACAGGCGUGUAGGAAAAAAAGUAACAUUUCGUAGUAUUCAAGCUCAUCUGCAAGCCAAGUACAAGCGAAAAUUUGGUUAUGGUACGGUAGUUCAAUUAUGUGUUCCAAGAAACAAGCGCCGGCAAUCUGCUGCACGAUACAAAGGACUUGCCCAAGUUACGCAAAGACAUGCCAGGAAGGGUUUUACACUGAGGUAUAACCCAGAUGAUCACUGGAGUGCUGCACUCUAUAAAGGUUUGGAUGACAUCCAGUACCAAGAUGGCAAACGUAUCAUGAAUGCUGGAUGUGAUGACCAAGCCGGAUUUCGCUUAGAUACCAUGAUGAUAAGCAAGCAACAUGGAACUCUUUGCCUAAAGGAUAAUCUUCCGCUUACAACCAGGACUGAUUACGUUAACCCUUACCCAUCGGUUUUACAAACAACGUGUUACAACUUCCCUGCUACAUGUACCACUGGUGAAGUAUGUGCUGGUGUUGUAAAAGCCAAACCGUUGUUCAACAAAAACCCUGCACAGCAUUUCGCAGAUAUGCUCAAACUCCAAGAGAAAGAGGAAAUAAAGCCGGUCUUCACAAAUUACCAGACAGGCCAAGACAAGGAAAUAGAAUGUGUCAGAGUUGAUGGCGGAUCAGAUGAAGGUCCAGUACACGAAGAAGUCCAGUAUUGGUGGACAAAGCGACACUUCAUAAAAGGCAUGAGGGCAACUAUGGUUUCAACAAGAAGCAGUGGUUCCAGUUUCAAAAAUAGGGUUGAACUUCAAAAUGGUUGCUUGGCAUUGGGGCAUGCAAACCUUUUCAUUCCUUCCACGUUAAAUGGCUCAUGCAUGGAUUCUGGAAAAGUAAAUGAAGAGAUUCUUUGCGAGAAUCUGGAUGCAGCGAUUGAUGUUUACGUUUCGCGCGUAGACAAAUCCCCAUGUGCUCGAACAGAGAUACAUCUAAUGAAGGGUGCCAAAGGUGAAGAUGCCCAGAAAGAACGAGAAAUCCUGCUGAUGUUCUUAAAAGGUAAAAAGGAAGCGAAAGAAAAUAUGCUAAAUUAAAGGAACCUGAUUUAUACAACGAAAUUGAGAGAAUAUGGCAACUAAGAACUAGACACAUUGUUCAAGGAUUACCGAUUCAGUAUGUUUUUUAUUUAAAGUGCUGUUAUCAGCGUGACUGUAUACAUCCUGCAUGCAAAACUGGGACUUAUGACAAGAACAAUGAUGUUUGGUAUCCUGGUGGUCCACCACUAGAUUAUUUUCCAUCACCAACUCCAGACCCUGAUCGGCCUUAUGGAAACGCAAGUUGUAAAGAAUGUAUUGGAAUUUGCGCAGGACAUUACUUGAAGCCUUGCAAAUUACUGAGUAUUUUUCAAAGUGGAAAACACCUAUCAGAUGUAGUACCACCAUCACAAGUCCUCGCUCAAGUCUUUAAAGAUUCUGUUGGUUUUCCCACAGACGAAGUCAUCAGUGCCACAGCGAAGAAAGUUUUAUUAAAACCUGAAGAUAUCCGGAUGUGGUUUCAGCAUCUUCAAAUAGUAGAGACCAAUCGCAAAAAAGGAGCCAAAAAGGCAGCAGCAACAAGAAAGGCAAAAGCAAGAAAUAAGGAACUAAGAAAGAAAACAACUGACCGAGAAGUAUUGAGAGACUCCGAUGAUGACGAAAUUUGUAACUUAUGUUACUCAUUCAAUCCGCCUAAUGUCGUCGAUGAAAACUUUGAGUGGGUAGCUUGUGACUCAUGUGCAUUGUGGUAUCAUACCUGCUGUAUCGAACUUGAAAAGACUCCUGAUGUUUGGUUCUGCAAUAGUUGCAUAAAUGUUUAG